CACCUCGGGAGUUCGCCGGCCGCUAUGACGUACGGCGAGGUGGCGCACUUCAGCCACCCGCAGCACCGGCUACGGCUGGAGCAGCUGGACACGCCGUUCCGGUGUGACGGCUGCAAGGAGGUAGGCAUCGGCGCGCGGUACCGGUGCCCCAUCCCAGCGUGCCGCGCCGCCGUCGGCGACCACGACCUGCACCGCCAGUGCGCGCUCCCUCUCUCCCCACCGCCGCCGCCGCUCCGGCACCCGUUCUACCCGAGGUGUGCGUUCCACUUCCUCGCGCGGGCGCCGGGCGCACCGGGGACGCGCUACUGCAACGCGUGCGGCCGCGACGUGGCCGGGUUCGUCUACCACUGCCGCUCCUGCGGCUUCGACCUGCACCCCUGCUGCGCCACGCUCCCGCACGUCCUCGACGCCGGCAGCGCCAGUGGCAGAGUCGCUGUGAGGCUGUACCUGCACCCCAAGGCCGAGGCGGCGUGCCACCGGUGCGGGCACCGAGGGCGGAGCUGGACGUACCGGAGCCACUGCAAGAGCUACAGCCUCCACGUGGCGUGCGUGAUGGACUUGGUCGUCGAGAGCUGGAGCGGCGUCGGCCGGAACAAGAGCGUCGCCGGCGUUGGCGCUGCUGGAGGAGGAAAGAGCGUGUACGACGGCGUGGUGGUGGCGGGGAGCGGCGGCUACAGGGUGCCGGUGAUACGCGGCGCGGCGAAGAGCAGCCACGCGAGCAGGGAGGGAGGGUGGUCGUCGUACUGGGGGAUGAGGAAGGGCAAGAUUAAGCGCUGCUGCGAGAUCGCCGGGUUCGCGGGGCAGGUGGUCAUCUCUGCGGUGCUCGGCGACCCGACCGCGCUCAUCGCCGGCGUCGUCGGCUCGCUCAUAGCGCGCUGACUGAUCCGAUCGAGGCGCUGCAUCACAUGCUGUAAAUUAACGCUAUUACUCUGUGUACUGCGUGCGUUAACCACGUGGCUCUGCAUGCACGUAUAGUCAGCGUCCACGACAUGAUUAAGCAUAUUUGUUCGCGUUGGAAAACCGUCCAUUUCUCACUG